AUGGAGACUACUUUUAUGACUAUUCACAACCUUAAUCCUGAAGCCAAUAUUCUGUUCGCUUCAGAGUCAAUCUCUGACAUUCUUGGGUAUGAACCUGAGGAUGUUGUAGGCAAAGCUUGGUUCGAAUAUUUCGAUAAGGACAACGACAAUACCCCAUUUGCUCGUCAAGCUACUAGUCAAGGUGUUCACUUGGAAAAAGCAGCUGUUAUUUAUCAUGCCAAAAUCGCACAUAAGAAUAAAAGAUCGGAUGGAACACCUGACUGGAUCACUUGUGAAUGCGUUUUCACGGUUGUUCACGAUGUCUUGGUUGCUUGUACAAGUCACUAUAACGCAGAUUCGCAUGAGAAUUACAUGGAUAGGAUUCGUGGGGCUAUCAGAAAGGAAACCUCCAAGAGCUUGGUCAAACGUUUCACUGCCCCUCCAAAGGAUUUGAGAUAUCACAUGUUGGAAAACCUUUCCUUCAAAUUUCGAGACCCAGUUACGGAGACUUCUACACGCGAACCAAGAGCUGCUUUGAUCCUCAAUCGUUUCACUCGAAGCUUGACAAUUAUGUAUUCUACCGCAGCAAUUGAAAAAGUUCUUGGCAUCAGUAAGGAAUAUAUUGUUGGCAAAAGCUUCUACGAAUGCAUCCAACAACAAUGCUUGGCCGAAUCCAUUGCCGCUAUCGAAAGUGCCAAAGGAAACGACUCUAUCGCUCAUCUCAUCUUUUGGUGUCGUGAUCCACGUCAUCCUCAUGAAAUCGAAGAACUCAAUCAAGCUCUUGAUGAUGCUAGUGAUAUUAGUGGAAGUGAAGAUGAAAGUGAAGGUGAUGCAGUUGGUGGAAAUUCCAACUCAGCAUCUUCUCCAACAACCACACGAACUACUUCCCAACCCGGUAGAGAAGUAGUCAUUCGACGAAACAAUCGUCAAAGAUCUGCUGGUAAUCCCAGUACUGGUCAGGUUUUACCUGUCUUUCAACAGAUUCAAUUGGAAGCUGUCAUUUCCUGUACUUCGGAUGGUUUAGUUGUUAUUCUACGUAAAGCUCCUGCUAAUUCUCGUGUUGAUCAUCAAGCUAUUGCUCCGUGGGGUGUCAAUCCAAUUGCGCCACACGUUGUUCGACCGGAUCCAAACGAUCGCUUCGUUCAUGGUCCCGAAGCUACGGCUCUUCAACCUGGUGCAUCUAAAGAAGAAUCCAUCAAGAGUAUUCGAGAAGUGGCUGUAUUUGCUUGGGCACUUUGUGGUAUCAAUGGAAAUAUUGGAGCUUAUGGACGUGGUACCCCAGGUCCCAAAUCUCAACCUCCGGCAUUACCAAUUUGGAAUCCUCAUGGACCAGCCGAAAUGGAUCCACCUGUUAAUCAAGCAGAAGUAGACUGGGCUCGAAGACUUGGAAAGAGAAAGGAAACGGGUCAUUCACUUGGUCAUGUUUUUAGAGAGGAGAGAAAUGAGAGAAGAGAGAAGAGAAGAAAGUUGGGGGAAAUGAGACCAGAUGGUUAUGCACAACAUGAUUAUCAACCCGUUGGUUCAACUGGUUAUGCUCAUCAGAAUAAUGGAUAUUCUGGUACUUCCGCUCCUGGAAAUGGAAAUGGAAUGGGAAAUAAUGGUUAUGGCAAUGGUGAUAAUGGCAAUGGUAAUGGUACUCAUUAG